GACAGCUUAAUACGCGAAAUAUUCUGAAUAUCACUAGUCAUAAUCGUAAAUUGUAAACUUAACACAAAUAUACAAAAAAUGGCUCCCGUAAAAGUUCCUAAGAAAGCGCUCAAGUCCAUGGAACCUGCAGGGGGUCUGAUCCCGAAGAAAAAGAAAGCCGGCAAGAAGAUGUCAAGAAAGAACUACGACAGCUUCGCAAUAUACCUCUUCAAAGUAUUAAAAACACAUAUAGAAAUCAACGUCGGAAUCUCAAGAAAAAGCAUCAUGAUCAUGAAUGAUUUCGUCAACGAUAUCAUAGAACGAAUCGCUUGUGAAGCUGGAAGACUCAUAGCACACGGAAAGAAGACUACUUUGAGCGAGAACGAAAUACGAACGGCCACAAAACUACUUAUUCCUGGCGAGCUAGGAAAGCACGCAGUGCUGGAGGGGGAGAAAGCGCUCCGAAAAUACAAGAACAACUCGAACAGCCAAAGUUAUUAAUUUUAGUUAAUGUGUUAAUUAAAUCUAUUCAUUAUUUCUAUUUCUAUUUAUUCGAUAUUUAAAUUUAAUUAUAUUUAUUUGCAAUUGUUGACAUGAAUGGCCCUUUUUAGGGCCGCAA